AAUGCCGGCCGGUCAUGGUCUCAGGUCGCGAACUAGGGAUCUGUUCUCCAGACCCUUCAGGAAGAAGGGUUACAUCCCGUUGACGACAUAUCUGAGGACUUACAAGAUCGGCGACUAUGUCGAUGUCAAGGUGAACGGCGCCGUUCACAAGGGUAUGCCCCACAAGUUCUACCAUGGCCGCACUGGUCGCGUCUGGAACGUCACCAAGCGCGCCAUCGGAGUCGAGAUCAACAAGCAGGUGGGAAACAGGAUUAUCAGGAAGAGGAUCCAUGUGAGAGUGGAGCAUGUUCAGCCUUCAAGGUGUACUGAGGAAUUCAAGCUCAGGAAGACAAAGAAUGAUCAACUGAAGGCAGAAGCUAAGGCAAAAGGAGAGGUCAUUAGCACAAAGAGACAACCGGAAGGUCCCAAGCCUGGUUUCAUGGUGGAAGGUGCUAAGCUGGAGACUGUAACCCCCAUUCCAUAUGAUGUUGUUAAUGAUCUCAAGGGCGGUUAUUAGAUUCAGCUCUGUAGUUUUUGUUUAUUUGCAGCAAACAAUUUACGCAUGAUUAAUUUGAUCCUGCUGCUUUCUUUAGUAUUUUACAUUUCAUCAAAAAAGGUAAGAUUAUCUUUCAAUUUUGAGACAAUGAAUGUUUUCAAUUGAGAACUUGUUUUGUUGACAUAUGAUAUUCACUUUCUAAACCAUAUUCUGUCAUCUAAGUGAGUGUUUCCUUUGUAAUUGAUUAUUUACUUAUAAACUAGAAUCGAAGUC